GGGCCAGUGCUGGAGUCGCACCCCUGGAGCAGGCCGAUCGCGUCCAGCUUCCAUGCCGCCCCGCGCCAUGAGCCGAAGGGGUGUCUCGCUCCGGUUCCCGUUGCUCCUGUCCCUGCUCUUGCAGCCCUCGGUCCUGCCUGCAGAUCCCGGGACGCCCAUCCCGGUCAACCCCUGUUGUUACUACCCGUGUCAGAACCAGGGUGUCUGUGUCCGCUUCGGCCUCGACCGCUACCAGUGUGACUGCACUCGCACGGGCUACUCGGGCCCCAACUGUACCAUCCCCGAGCUCUGGACCUGGCUGCGGAAUUCUCUGCGGCCCAGCCCCACGUUCGUCCAUUUCCUGCUCACCCACGGGCGCUGGUUCUGGGAAUUUGUGAAUGCCACCUUCAUCCGAGAGAUGCUUAUGCGCCUGGUACUCACAGUGCGAUCCAACCGCAUCCCCAGCCCUCCCACCUACAACUUAGCACAUGACUACAUCAGCUGGGAGUCCUUCUCCAACGUGAGCUACUACACUCGCGUUCUGCCCUCUGUGCCCCAAGGCUGCCCUACACCUAUGGGGACCAAAGGGAAAAAGCAGCUGCCAGAUGCCCAGAUCCUGGCUGACCGAUUACUGCUCAGGAGGAAGUUCAUCCCUGCCCCGCAGGGCACCAACCUCAUGUUUGCCUUCUUUGCACAACACUUCACCCACCAGUUCUUCAAAACUUCUGGAAAGAUGGGUCCUGGCUUCACCAAGGCCCUGGGCCAUGGGGUAGAUCUGGGCCACAUUUAUGGAGAUAAUCUGGAUCGUCAGUAUCACCUGCGCCUUUUUAAGGAUGGGAAACUCAAGUAUCAGGUGCUGAACGGAGAGGUGUAUCCGCCCUCGGUGGAAGAGGCUCAGGUGUUGAUGCGCUACCCGCCGGGCGUCCCGCCGCGUAACCAGAUGGCUGUGGGCCAGGAGGUGUUUGGGCUGCUUCCGGGGCUGGUGCUGUACGCCACCAUCUGGCUGCGGGAGCACAACCGGGUGUGCGACCUGCUGAAGGCGGAGCAUCCCACCUGGGACGACGAGCAGCUCUUCCAGACCACCCGCCUCAUCCUCAUAGGCGAGACCAUCAAGAUUGUCAUCGAGGAGUAUGUGCAACAUUUGAGUGGCUACUUCCUGCAGCUCAAGUUUGAUCCGGAACUGCUAUUCAGAGCCCAGUUUCAGUACCGCAACCGUAUCGCCAUAGAGUUCAACCAGCUCUACCACUGGCACCCGCUCAUGCCUGACAGCUUCAAAGUGGGCACACAUGAGUACAGCUAUGAGCAGUUCUUGUUCAACACCUCCAUGCUGGUGGACUAUGGUGUUGAGGCCUUGGUGGAUGCCUUCUCUCACCAGAGAGCUGGACAGAUUGGUGGGGGUAGGAACAUCGAUCACCACGUGCUGCAUGUGGCUGUGGAUGUCAUCAGGGAGUCUCGAGAGAUGCGGCUGCAGCCCUUCAAUGAAUAUCGCAAGAGAUUUGGCAUGAAGCCCUACACCUCUUUUCAGGAACUCACAGGAGAGACGGAAAUGGCAGCUGAGUUGGAAGAGUUAUAUGGAGACAUCGACGCUUUGGAGUUCUACCCAGGGCUGCUUCUUGAAAAGUGCCAGCCCAACUCCAUCUUUGGGGAGAGUAUGAUAGAGAUCGGGGCGCCCUUCUCCCUCAAGGGUCUCCUAGGAAAUCCCAUCUGUUCUCCAGAGUACUGGAGGCCAAGUACAUUUGGUGGUGAGACGGGCUUUAACGUCGUCAACACAGCCACGCUGAAGAAACUGGUCUGUCUUAACACCAAGACCUGUCCCUACGUCUCCUUCCAUGUACCGGAUUCCAGCCAGGACAACAGGCCUGAUGUAGCACGACCCUCCACAGAGCUCUGAGUAGGCAGAAGUCCGGGCAGCAUUCUGGAGGGAGGAACUUUGUGCUUGUCCUUCUAGAAUGCUAUGGCCCAAGGUUGAUAAUCUUUGAUACUGGUUUUCUCAUGUGACGUUGUCAGGGUUGGAGUUGACACUUAGAACUUUGGGUCUCACCCUUCUCUGGAACAUUGUGAUUUUUUUUUUUUUUGCCAUUCUAGAAUGUUGAAUUCUUUGUUAACUCUUCAGAAUGUUAGGAAUGGUUCUCAUCUGACCUUCCAGAACAUGGCUCUUGGCUGGAAACAUAGAACAUCAGAUUUCUGGUUGGUUUGGAAUGUUGGCAUUUUAGGAUAUAGAGCUCCUAGCAAAAAUAUUCUUAACAGUUAGGAUGUUCUUGUUUUUCCUUAUAGAAUCUGAGGGACCCUCCAGAAUGUUGGCAUUCUGAUUGAUAAUUCAGAAUAUUGAGGAUCUAGAACAGAGGCUAGCUCAGUCCUGACCUGAAGGUCUAGAAUUAUUUUAUUUGAUUUGAUUCAUUUUCCUGCUCAGUAUGAUGGAUACAGAGCAGAAAAACCCAGUCCAACAAGACCACACUGCCUGAAUCUGUGCCUGCACUAUGGGGGACAAAGAAGUGGAGUCUUCUUGGGAUCCCUACUUUUACCCUGGGUCUAAGGAUGUAGAGAGAUGGUGGGAUCUUCCACAACAUUACUUGGAAGUCACUAGAGCUCUUUCCACACCCAGGUCUUGACUUUUGGCAGCUGUUUCUCAUGAAGCUAAUAAAAUCCUCUUUCCAAAGUCA